AUGGAAUUAACAAGUCAUUCAGAUAUGAUACAUCAAAUCGAGAUACCUUCCUCACUUGAUAAUCCAUACAUUUGGAAAACUAGUGAUUUACCAAAUGGUUUGGUUUUCAUUGUGGUAGGGGCAAUAUUUGCGGCAGUGAUUUCUUUCCUAGUAAUAUGGAUUGUAUUUGAUAAUUAUGAUUCUCAGAAAAGAACUUCAGAAAGUUUUAGAAGUUAUCAUGAAAAAUACGAACAACAAAAGAAGAAGAAAGUAACUCUUUCGGUUGAUAAUUUGACUGAUAUUGUAAGGAAAUUCCCAUUUGUUGGAACUAAACCAGACAGCGAAGCAUCUUGCAUGUUUGACGAAGAAGCUCUGCAAAAUAGACGAAAUCCAUUGAUCAUUUCACCGACCUUGGAAAUGCAAAUAGCCCAGAAACAAAACAUUAUAAAGUAUCAUUCUAGAAGCGCAUUAUCAAGUAAUGGAGUGGUAAAUGAGAUUAAUAAUUCUACGACCAAUGUAAAAUAG